CUCGCCGCCCAGUCCGCCUUUAGCUACAUCCCGACCAGCCGGGAAGGGCCUCCGGAGCUCAGCUAUUUCAACCGGAAGGCCAAGACAGGAGAUGUUUCCACUUACGAUGCCAUUUUUAAAAGACAAGAGGGUUACAGUGAGUAUCUUCACCGAAGUGACAGACAACAUGCAAAGAGUCGUGGUCUUAACAUUAUUGAGGAGGAAAUGGCAAGACCUGUCGCUGUUUUGUCAUCUUCAGAGCAUGGGAAGCGCAUAAAUAAGCCCUUAGAGCAGCCAGUCAAAACUCAUGCAAGGAUUAAUCACGUGAAGGCAGAUUUCUACAGAAGAAAUGGCAUCAUCUGCUUAACGGAAAGACCUUGUCCAAGCCUGGAUCCAUGCUAA